AUGCGAACUACUUACUUUACUUUAUGUGGAUCUCUUGCUGCUAAAGGAUUUAUUGUUCUCGUGCCUGAACAUUCAGAUGGCAGUGCGUGUGCUACGAUCCGACAAUCUAAUUCAUCAACAUCUACUCAACACGAACACAUUGCUUAUCUACGUCCUGACAAAACCAGUGUCUUGCCUGGUGAAACUACUGAUGACUAUUUGUUGCGUUUACGACGUGCUCAAGUAGAAAUUCGAGCUGAUGAAGUUGAUGCAUGUAUCGAGAUACUGAAAAAACUGGACAUGGGUUCAUUCGACCCAAAAGACAAUCUAAUUGGAAACCAUGCAGAAAGUGGACCCUGCAUAGAUUCAUUUAAAAGUCGGGUUGAUUUUCAACACAUGGUGAUGGCGGGUCAUUCGUUUGGUGGUGCAACAACAAUCACAGUAUUGUCAAGACCAAAUAUGCCAUUCAGAUGUGGAAUUAUUCUCGAUCCAUGGAUGUUUCCUGUUCAUAAUCCAAACGUAACAGUACCGUAUCUAUCGAUCCAAUCUGAAACAUUCCAUUGGAAAACUAAUUUGGAUCAAAUGCGAUCCAUGAUGGGGUUGGUGCCUUAUUCGAAUACUACGGAUUCUACUGCCGCAUCGACAGUGUUGACAACUUCAACAUUGCAGCAUCCACAUACACGGUUUGGGUAUAUUCGUCAUACAGCACACAAUAACCCAUCGGAUUUUUCAGGAUUGUUUCCAACAGUUAUACAAUGGGCUGGACAAGCAGGAUCUGCAGACGCAUUACGUGUUUAUCGUAUAAAUGACGAUUGGAUGUGUGAGUUUAUUGCUACGAUAUAUGAGCAGAUGGAGUUGAAACUCCCGCGUAGUGCAGAGUAUAAAAUAGGUCAAGAACAGGACGAAAUGAUUGCUGUUGGUGAUCAAGCUUGGAAUGAUUUGUAUUCUCGACUAAAGAAAUAA